GACUCUUAUGAGAAAAUGGCGAAGCUGGUCAAUGAUGGAUAUUACGAGUCCCUUCCUUUCACUUCCGGUGGAUUCAAUUGGACGUUCAAAAUCUACCCAAACGGAAACAAGAAGGAUGCAGCAGCGCCAGGAUGGGUUUCGGUUUAUGUAAAAAUCGAUAACUCAUUCUGCGUCACCAACCCACAAGAUGUGUAUGCGGAAAUCAAGUUCUUCCUUUACAACGGUGUGACUCGUUUGUAUUAUACACACCAAGAAAGUGAGCCAGUAAAGUUUGAUGAUGUAAAACCGGAGUGGGGAUUUGGAGUAGAUAUCUUUGUUACUCAUCGCAGCAAGAGGGAAGUUUUCUCCUAUGAUGUGAACGUCACCAACCCCAUUUACACUUGGUGCCUCCCAAAUUUCUCUACCCUCUGUCAUUGCUCUUACACAUCCCAUACGUUUUGUUCCGGAGAUAGAAACUGGGUUUUGAAAGUGUAUCCAAAUGGGGAUGGUUGCGCAAAGGAUAAAUAUUUGUCACUCUACCUGUUGAGUGUGGAUAAUGAAAUCAAUUACGUUAAAGCCACGCUACGAGUUCUAAACCAAACCCCAUGCAACAAUGUGGUGAAACCAGUUGAGGGAUGGCCUAAAGCAACAUGCAACAAUGGAUGGGGUUUCCAGGAGUUUAUAGCACUUGCAGAUCUUAAAGAUCCAUGCAAAGGAUUUCUUGUGAACGAUGUGCUUCGAGUUCAAGUCGAGAUCACAGCCUUCUCUAAACACACUCCACUUAAUUAGGGUUUAUGGCUCAAACCGGAGAUCUCUUGAAACUACUCAAAAACAUUAUAUAUCAUCAGUGUGGAUCGCCGGAGCCAUGAGAUGCGAGACCCUUACCUAUCUUUUGUUUUUCUAUUUCCAAAAUAAGAAAGGUUUCUAUAACUCUUUCCUCACAAUCUACUCUUCUUUGUUUCCCAAAAUAAAACAAAAGUCUACUCUUUUGUGUAUGCUCUGGUUGUAUUUAAAAAAUCUACACUGGUUGUAAUAAAAAUAAUCUACCCUGGUUGUAAUCUAUACUAUAUAAACUAGGUUUUGAACCCACACGAGCGUGGGUAUAUUUUAUA